GGCUCUUCGACUCAACAAUCGCGAAGAUUGUACAAGUGAUGGCGUUAUAGCGACCAUCAUGGGAUUUAUUUGUGUCGAUACUCGUGUCGAAAACUGGGAGCGAUAUACGGUGCAUAUGGAUGGCCUGGAGCGAAUAUAUCAUCUUCGUCAUGGAUUUGAUGCUUCAGACAGCGAAAUCCCGCUGAUGACGUUCUGGGUUGAUUUAAUGGGUGCAUCCAUGCUCGACCGCUACCCGAGAUUCCCCAUCCCAAGGCAGCUGGCCGAUUCCCGGAGGAUAAACAAAGACGAUAUUCCUCAGACGCUGCGUGCUUUGCUUCACCAUGCCGAGCAAGUGGCUCCUCAAGGCGGACGGAUAUACACCAUGCUACGGAUGAUGGCACCAGUUAUUGCCAUGGCGAACCGCAAUUUUCACAACACCCUGUUCUGGACCGAACCAGCCGUUUUGGUCGAAGUACUCGGCGUCGUCAGCCAUUUUGCGCUAUCCGUGCCAAAAUGUCCCGAAGACGAUGCGCAAACGGAUUAUCCUGUCUUUGUGGUACAGAGAAUGGUACAGCUUGCAUGUCUGAUGAUCCUAUCAGAGCUCAAACGACUUGCAUCUUUCCACUGGGCAGACAUCGGUCCUCUCUGUGAUCGCUUCGUGAUCCUGUUGCAGGAAUCUUCUCACGAAAUACCUAUGGAGCUAAAAAAGCUGCGAUUUUGGGCCAUUGUGACAGCAUAUUCCCUGGCGCGGCCCGAAUUUCGAGACUCGUUGCUUGUCGAAGCGAGGCGGUCAAUGAGUGACCUCAGCAUCCACUCUUCUGAGCAAGUGAUUGGGCAAAUGAAGGAUAUUUUGUGGCUAGAAAGUAUUGAUCCAAUCAUACUAGAGAGCAUAUUUGUAUCCGGCAAUGGGCAGUUACAAUUGUCCGCCUAGAUACAUGCAUGAACGUCGGACGAGAUAGAAAUGUACGAGGCCGAGGAAAAGGCGGGCUUGAUGAUGCAUAAUUAGCUCUCUCAGGCAAUCACGCCGUAACUUCAGAAUGGCAGGUUUGCUUUUGUGGGAAAAAAGAAGAAAAAAAUAAAAAUAAAAGACCAAUCAAAAAGAAAAAGAAA